UCUAUGAGGAUACAAAUGGACUUGUCUUCCACUACUUUGUUUUCUUGUUUACUCUGAUACUGAGCGGAAAUAUUGACUUUUAAUUUAUAGGUACCGGUUUAUUUCGCAGGUUAAGUUAGUAAUUGUAAAAAUAAAAAAAAAAGUGCAGUGUCGCUAUAGGAGCACCGUCAUUUUGCUGAGCUUGUUUUUCACGCCAUCCGGAACGAUAUGGAGGAAUUGAAAAAUCAUUUGUCAAAAGUUAGAAUACCAGGACCAGAUACUAAGAUCUACAAGGAUGAGUGUGCCUUGUCCUUUGAUACUCCGGAAACUUCAACUGGCUUAUAUGUAUGUCUAACGACAUUCCUGGGUUUUGGUAGAGAUUACGUGCUUAAGUAUUACGAACGCUCAGGUCACAAUGUAUACUUUCAUAUUAAAAGGACAAAGCAUGAGAUUCCAGAAGACCAGUUAGAAUCAGUAGGUGGUCCUGAUAAAAAAAUUACACGUUUAGCAAUCGGAACACCAGGUGGCUUUAAUCCAAAUUUACAAAAGUACAUCUAUAAAGAAGAAUAUGCACUUGUAAUAUUGCCAGAAUUCAUAACCAUCCCUUACUCUGAUGAUGAUGAACAAAUUCAUAAGCAAGUAAAAGAAUCAGUGAAUCGGCUCCUGAAAGCAGAAUCUGCUUUGAAAGUUGCAGAAAGAGAAGCAUUAGAUGGCACGUGGGAUGGCGAAAUUAGGGCGUUUACAAAGCAUACGGAUCUUCUUCAAUUGGAUAAUGGCAAAAAAAUACCCCCAAGUGGUUGGACGUGUGAAAAAUGUGAUUUGACUACUAAUUUGUGGCUUAACUUGACUGAUGGCUCAAUUAUGUGCGGUCGUAAAUUUUACGAUGGCACUGGUGGCAACGAUCAUGCUGUAGAGCAUUAUAGAAAUACUCAGUAUCCACUAGCUGUGAAAUUAGGCACCAUUUCUAGAGAUGGAAAAGCCGAUGUUUAUUCUUACGAUGAGGAUGACAUGGUUCAAGAUCCCAAUUUGGCAGUUCACUUGUCUCACUGGGGCAUCAAUAUUGCUAAUAUGGAAAAGACCGAAAAAUCAAUGAUUGAACUAGAAUUAGAAUUGAAUCAAAAGUUCGGCGAUUGGAUUGUUAUGCAGGAAGGAGGCACCCAACUAACACCUCUUUAUGGUCCUGGUUAUACAGGGCUUGUCAAUUUAGGUAAUUCCUGUUACAUGAAUAGCGUCAUCCAAGUAUGUUUCUCAAUGCCAGAUUUUAUGGAAAGAUAUGUUAAAAAAGCCGACGAUAUUUUUUAUGAAAGUUUUAACGAUCCUAUCAACGAUUUCAAUACUCAAAUGGCAAAGUUGGGCAAUGGUUUGCUUUCUGGAAAAUAUUCCCAGCCUCCUGAUGAAUCUAAUAAAAAUGAUGACGGUCGUCAAGGCAUUUCUCCCAGGAUGUUUAAAAAUUUGAUUGGUCGUGGGCAUCCAGGAUUUAUGUCUAAUCGACAGCAGGAUGCACAGGAAUUCCUUUUGCAUUUGAUUAAUGCCUUAGACAGGAACAGUCGUCAUCAACUGAAUCCAUCUGAUGGUUUUAAAUUCAGAAUCGAAGAAAGAUACCAGUGUAGCUCUGGCAAAGUCAAGUACACGUAUAGACCGGAUUAUUUACUGCCUUUACCUAUUCCUAUGGAUAUGGUAUUGAAUAAAGAAGAAGUUGCCGCUUACGAACAGAGCAAAUCUGGAGAGGACAAGUCAAAGAUAGAUCUCAAUACUAUUGUUAGACCUCGUAUUAAGUUAUCAUCUUGUAUAGAAAGUUUUGCCAAAACUGAAACUGUCGAACAGUUUUACAGUACUGCUUUAAAUAGUACAACAACUGCCACUAAGUAUACAAGGUUAGCAUCUUUUCCCGAUUUUCUUUUCAUCCAUUUGAAGAAAUUUACUGUUAAGGAAGACUGGACUUCCGUGAAAUUGGACGUUGCCAUGGAAGUGCCAGACACUUUAGAUUUAAGUUCCUUGAGGGGUAGUGGUUUGCAACAAAACGAGGAACUACUGCCAGAGUCUAAAGUGGCGUCACCACCUCUCGUUUAUGAUCAGGCUAUUCUAACAGAACUAACCGAAAUGGGAUUCCCGAUUGAGGCAUGUAAAAGAUCGUUAUAUUUCACACAAAAUUCUGGAUUGCAGACUGCCAUAAACUGGUUAAUGUAUCACAUUUCGGACGAUGAUUUCACUACUGAAUUUGUACCUCCCGGUGUUGAUGCAAGGAAAAACGAUGCCGCUUCCUCAGAAACCUUCGUACCAAAUCAAGAAUCACUAGAAAUGGUAAUGAGUAUGGGCUUUACUCGGGAACAGGCAACCGUAGCUUUGAAAGCCACGAAUAAUAAUUUGGAGCGUGCAGCAGAUUGGGCACUCAAUCACAUAUCCGAACUUGAUGGCAUAGAAAUGGAAGAUAAUGCCACAGCUGUGCCGUCGCAGCCCACAUUCAGAGAUGGGAGUGGAAAAUAUAAAUUGAUUGGAUUUAUUACUCACAUGGGUACAUCAACAAUGGUUGGGCAUUACGUUUGUCAUUUAUUGAAAGAUGGAAAGUGGGUGAUGUUUAAUGACGAAAAGGUCUAUUUGUCUGAAAAUCCACCCAAAGAAUUAGGAUACAUUUAUUUAUAUCAGCGUUUGGAAUAAAUAAAUUACACUACAUCUGUUGUGUACAAAUUAUUCUAUGGCUUUUUUUAAAGAAUUAAAAUAAAAAAGGAUGCAAAA